AACAAGAAUCCUAAUCCCUCUAAAACCCUAGCCUCCUUCGAAGCCUCAACUGGCUAUAAAACGGGGCUCAGCUCGCAAGCUCAGCCUCGUCUAUCUCUCUCUCUGUCUCUCUCUCUCUCUCCGGGCCAGGGUUUCGCCGCUUGCUGCUCAAGGCUCUUCUCCUGCGAGUUUGAUUCUAUUAGUUUAUAAUGGGAAAGGAGAAGGUUCAUAUCAACAUUGUUGUCAUCGGCCAUGUGGACUCUGGUAAGUCCACCACAACUGGCCAUCUCAUUUACAAGCUUGGAGGAAUUGACAAACGUGUGAUUGAGAGGUUUGAGAAGGAAGCUGCUGAAAUGAACAAGAGGUCUUUCAAGUAUGCUUGGGUUCUUGACAAACUCAAGGCUGAGCGUGAACGUGGUAUCACCAUUGAUAUUGCUUUGUGGAAGUUUGAGACCACCAAGUACUACUGCACAGUCAUUGAUGCUCCUGGUCAUCGCGACUUCAUUAAGAACAUGAUUACUGGGACAUCUCAGGCUGACUGUGCUGUUCUUAUCAUUGAUUCCACCACUGGUGGUUUUGAAGCCGGUAUCUCGAAGGAUGGCCAGACCCGUGAGCAUGCUCUCCUUGCUUUCACCCUUGGUGUGAAGCAAAUGAUUUGCUGCUGCAACAAGAUGGAUGCCACCACUCCCAAGUACUCGAAGGCAAGAUACGAUGAAAUUGUCAAGGAAGUUUCCUCCUACUUGAAGAAGGUAGGGUACAACCCCGAUAAAAUUCCAUUUGUCCCAAUUUCUGGGUUUGAGGGUGACAAUAUGAUCGAGAGGUCCACCAACCUUGACUGGUACAAGGGCCCAACCCUUCUUGAUGCACUUGACAUGAUCCUGGAGCCUAAGAGGCCAUCAGACAAGCCACUUCGUCUCCCACUUCAGGAUGUCUACAAGAUUGGUGGUAUUGGUACUGUUCCAGUGGGAAGGGUUGAGACUGGUGUCCUUAAGCCUGGAAUGGUUGUGACUUUUGGACCGAGUGGGCUAACCACUGAAGUUAAGUCUGUUGAGAUGCACCACGAAGCUCUCCAGGAAGCUCUUCCUGGUGACAAUGUUGGCUUCAACGUGAAGAAUGUUGCAGUGAAGGAUCUCAAGCGUGGUUUUGUUGCUUCUAAUUCAAAGGAUGAUCCAGCCAAAGAGGCUGCAAAUUUCACCUCCCAGGUUAUUAUUAUGAAUCACCCUGGCCAGAUUGGUAAUGGGUAUGCCCCUGUGCUCGACUGCCACACCUGCCACAUUGCUGUUAAGUUUGCUGAGAUCUUGACCAAGAUUGACCGCCGGUCUGGCAAGGAGCUUGAAAAGGAGCCGAAGUUCUUGAAGAAUGGCGAUGCCGGGUUUGUUAAGAUGAUUCCAAGCAAGCCCAUGGUUGUGGAGACCUUUUCCGCGUAUCCCCCACUGGGACGAUUUGCUGUUAGGGACAUGCGUCAAACAGUUGCUGUUGGGGUUAUCAAGAGCGUGGAAAAGAAGGAUCCAUCUGGUGCUAAGGUCACCAAGUCUGCUGCAAAGAAGGGAGGGAAGUGAAUCAUGCACUCUGGAGUUUUGGAGGAUGCCUCAAACUAUUUAUAUUAUUAUUAUCAUAAAACAUUUGUCUUUACUAGUCUUGUGUUGGUCAGCUGUCAUUUAGGCCGUCAACGUAAUUACUUCUUCAUUCGCUAUAGGUUUUUGUUGUCAUUGCCUGGUUGCUGCUCCCAGAACUGGGUGCUUGAUCGGCGGUGGUGACAAUUAUCUCUUUUUCUUGUCUCAAGUUUCGACUAUGUUUUUUAAUAUCUUUUUGAUGGUUGAGUUGAAA